UUGAUGGAGGUGGUGCUGGAGUCUGUAGGAGACUAGGACUGUCAGAGAUACAGUUUAAGGGGCUAAUGCUCGCUGCUAGAGCUGGUGAGGUGACUGUGGAUGGCUAAGAAGGAGGCUGAAGAUAGAGCUCAGAAGAAGGGCAGAGUGGGUGAGAGACUUUUUGGAUGUUGGUUUGAGCUUUUGUUGCCUGAAAAGACAGCUUCUCAGCUGGGAGACUGACUUGUCACCAAAGCCAAAUAACCAGCAGGAGGUGUGGGAGAUGAAGAUCCUGGAGACAUCAUGCCCCGCUGCCAGGGGAUGCUCUAGUGUUGGGAAACAGCAACUCUAAAAACAUGCAUCGAAGGCACACAACCCUUCGGGAGAAAGGCCGGAGACAGGCUAUCCGAGGCCCAGCCUACAUGUUUAACGAGAAGGGCACCAGCCUGACCAUGGAGGAAGAACGCUUCCUGGAUUCUGCGGAAUAUGGCAACAUCCCAGUGGUGCGGAAAAUGCUGGAGGAGUCCAAAACCUUGAACUUUAAUUGUGUUGAUUACAUGGGACAAAAUGCCUUGCAGCUAGCAGUGGGGAAUGAGCAUUUGGAAGUGACUGAACUCCUUCUGAAAAAGGAGAAUCUGGCUCGAGUUGGAGAUGCACUGCUGUUGGCCAUCAGUAAGGGAUACGUGCGCAUUGUGGAAGCAAUAUUGAACCAUCCAGCCUUUGCACAAGGGCAGCGUCUAACACUAAGCCCCCUUGAGCAGGAACUACGUGAUGAUGAUUUUUAUGCUUAUGAUGAAGAUGGAACUCGGUUUUCUCAUGACAUCACCCCCAUAAUACUCGCUGCUCAUUGCCAAGAGUAUGAAAUUGUUCAUAUCUUGCUUCUGAAAGGGGCACGGAUAGAAAGGCCCCAUGACUACUUCUGCAAGUGCAAUGAAUGUGCCGAGAAGCAGAGGAAAGAUUCCUUCAGUCACUCUCGAUCAAGAAUGAAUGCCUACAAAGGAUUAGCAAGUGCCGCUUAUUUGUCUCUUUCUAGUGAAGACCCCGUUCUUACUGCUUUAGAACUAAGCAAUGAAUUGGCAAGACUAGCCAACAUUGAAACUGAAUUUAAGAAUGAUUACAGGAAGUUAUCUAUGCAAUGCAAGGAUUUUGUUGUGGGUGUACUGGAUCUCUGCAGGGAUACAGAAGAAGUGGAGGCUAUUCUGAAUGGAGAUGUGAACAUAAAAGUGUGGCCUGAGCAUCCCCGCCCAAGCCUGAGCAGAAUUAAACUUGCCAUUAAAUAUGAGGUCAAAAAGUUUGUUGCUCAUCCCAACUGUCAGCAGCAACUGCUCACCAUGUGGUAUGAAAAUCUCUCAGGCUUACGUCAGCAAUCUAUAGCUGUGAAAUUCUUGGCUGUUUUUGGGGUCUCGGUAGGCCUUCCUUUCCUCGCCAUAGCAUACUGGAUCGCUCCCUGCAGCAAGCUGGGACGGAUCCUCCGAAGCCCUUUCAUGAAGUUUGUGGCACAUGCAGUUUCUUUUACAAUCUUCCUCGGACUGUUAGUAGUGAAUGCCUCAGACCGGUUUGAAGGAGUGAAAAAUCUUCCCAACGAGACCAUCACGGAUCAUCCCAAACAAAUAUUUAGAGUAAAAACUACUCAGUUCUCAUGGACAGAAUUGCUAAUCAUGAAGUGGGUUUUAGGUAUGAUAUGGUCAGAAUGCAAAGAAAUCUGGGAAGAGGGUCCACGCGAAUAUGUCAUGCAUCUUUGGAACCUGCUGGAUUUUGGGAUGCUAUCUAUCUUUGUGGCAUCAUUCACAGCAAGAUUCAUGGCUUUUCUCAAAGCAACUGAAGCACAACACUAUGUAGACCAGUACGUCCAGGAUGACGACCUCAGUAAUGUCACCCUUCCCCCUGAGAUUGCUUACUUUACUUAUGCCAGGAACAAGUGGCUUCCCUCAGACCCUCAGAUCAUAUCAGAAGGACUAUAUGCAAUAGCUGUGGUACUCAGCUUCUCCCGCAUUGCUUACAUUCUUCCAGCCAAUGAAAGCUUUGGCCCUCUUCAGAUCUCUUUGGGAAGGACUGUAAAAGAUAUCUUCAAAUUCAUGGUCAUCUUCAUCAUGGUGUUUGUUGCCUUCAUGAUUGGAAUGUUCAACCUUUACUCUUACUACCUUGGUGCAAAAUAUAACCCAGCAUUUACAACGGUAGAAGAAAGUUUUAAAACCUUAUUCUGGUCAAUAUUUGGCUUGUCUGAAGUGAUAUCAGUGGUGCUGAAGUAUGAUCAUAAGUUCAUUGAGAAUAUUGGAUAUGUACUCUAUGGAGUUUAUAAUGUUACCAUGGUGGUGGUGCUGCUCAAUAUGUUAAUAGCCAUGAUCAACAACUCCUAUCAGGAAAUUGAGGAGGAUGCAGAUGUGGAGUGGAAAUUUGCUCGUGCCAAGCUCUGGUUAUCAUACUUUGAUGAAGGAAGGACUCUGCCUGCUCCUUUUAAUCUAGUGCCAAGCCCUAAAUCAUUUUAUUAUCUCAUAAUGAGAAUAAAAAUGUGCCUCAUAAAACUCUGCAAAUCUAAGGCCAAAAACUGUGAAAAUGAUCUCGAGAUGGGUAUGCUGAAUUCCAAGCUACGGAAAGUUCGUUUUCAGUCAAGCGCUCGAAAUUCAGAAAAUUUUACUGUGAAGAACGCUUAUAACAAGCCCACGAGAUAUCAGGUGGCAGCACGUCUUCCAUCUGGAUUGAACUACCUUGGCCAUCUCCAGCAUACAAAAAUAAUGAAGCGUCUUAUUAAGCGAUAUGUCCUGAAGGCUCAGGUUGAUCGAGAGAAUGAUGAAGUCAAUGAAGGAGAACUUAAAGAGAUUAAGCAAGAUAUUUCCAGUCUCCGCUACGAGCUUCUAGAAGAAAAGUCAGAAGCUACUGGAGAGUUAGCAAGACUAAUACAGCAGCUGAGUGACAAGUUUGGGAAGAACUUAAAUAAGGACAUUUGAUGGCGAACAAAGAGAAAGAGAACUAGUUUUUUAAACAUUAUCUGAUAUUUCAACCAGCAUUUUAAGGGAGCAAAAACAGUGCAAGAGAUGGGUACUGAGCCCUCAACUUUUGCCACCUAACAAAUAUUGGUAAGGGCCUUGUGCAUUAGAAUAUGUUUUUGGGUGAAGUCAACAAUCAGUUAAUAUCUUUAUGAUACAAAGGCUCAGCUCAGCUUUUGAAUGUCAAAUGGCAAGCCAUAGCAUCAGUGAAAUUCACAAAGAAUGUUGCUGAAUGGUUUCACACUAUGAAUACAUUUGGGGGGGAAAACCCACCUCAAGCUGGCUGAGGACAUUCCGUCAACAAAAAAGGGGAAUUAGUCAAAAAAAGGAUUUGCUAGGAGUUAUUUGCUCAGCCAUAGUAUAAAACAAGCCCAUUGACAUCAGAAAUAAAUGCACCAUAUCCAAAAUAUAAUCAUGCUUAUCUUAGAUACCCAAAGCACCUUUUAAAAAAGGCAAACAGCCAAAUCCUCAGCUGGCUUGAAUCAGCAUAGUUCCAUUGACAUCAAUGGAGCCAAACUGAUUUAUAUCAACUGGAGAUCUGACCCAUUACAUCUAGGGCUUAGGUCUGGGUGAACCCUGCAAAAAAAAUACUCCACGAAUAUUCAUUAAAACUUUUAAACAGAUUCACCUUUACUUAGAGGUGUGCACUCCUUUUGUGCUUGCUUUCCAUGGACACCCAUGAAAUUGAGUUAGAAUAGCACUGAGGUUAAUGGAAAGCAAAUGUGAAAACGCAUAGUAAAAUAUAGUGAAUUGCCUUCCUAUGAGGAUUUAAACUAGAAACAUCAUUUUAGGAGUUAACUCAUUCAGUCAAGGAAGAAUAACAAUACCAUGUCACUUGUGACCAAUCACAAUGAGGCAACUCAGCUCAGCUUUUGAAUGUCAAAUGGCAAGCCAUAGCAUCAGUGAAAUUCACAAAGAAUGUUGCUGAAUGGUUUCACACUAUGAAUACAUUUGGGGGGAAAAACCCACCUCAAGCUUGCUGAGGACAUUCCGUCAACAAAAGAGGGGAAUUAGUCAAAAAAAGGAUUUGCUAGGAGUUAUUUGCUCAGCCAUGGUAAAGAAAAACAGGGAGAAGUUUGAAAAAUUAAACCAAUUUACAGGCUGCAGUGGUACAAAGUCCUCUGGUUGUACUCUUACAAGGGAAAAGUUCAGAGCAUGAUGCAGCUGAAAAUUCAGCUGCUUGUUUAUUUGGUGUUUUAAGCUGCUCCAAGCACACCUUAUUACUUUGGAAACACUAACCUGUACUGUUUGUUUACAAGGUGCACCUAGAAUAUGACCAUUACAUUUAGAUAUCAGCUAAGAAAAAUUAGCGGAAUCAGAAGGUGACCUGUGAUCAGUUCUUAAGUGCCAGAUGAGAACACAGAUAGCCUAGUAGAGUAAUAGUUAUAUUUGUAAAAAAAAAGAAAAAGAAAAAAAAAAGAAAAAAGUGUACUGUAGGUAGACCUGUUUAGAGAAAAAAAAUAAUGUAUUUUUACCUUUAAUAAGAUUAUCUUGUAUACUGUAAUAUUUUUACCUAAAAAUGAGGGAAGGGGGGGGAAUAAAAUUACCUCACAAUAUUUGUUGUACCUUGAGUGACAUAUUUGUCUGAUGUUUUAAAUACCCCCCACACAGACGUUUCAAUGGCUUUUGACAAUGUGUGAGCAGGACCAAAGUUACAUACACUAACAGCCUACUGCUGAGGAGAGUUGAAAAGCAUCAUAGUAUAAUUAUAGAACUAGAAUUUCUGGAACUCUUCAUAGUCUGCACUCUGAAUAACUCUGUAAGGGGGAUACGUAGUUUGAAAUCACUGUGUUGAGAUUCGUACAUGAAUGUGUGAACACCUACUGAGAUAGUAAAACAUAGAUAACUUCAGUCACGUCUAUUUGUGCUACUGAAUUUCUAGUUGGAAAUAAAAUGGGUAACAUUAUUUGGACUAAGUUUGGAGAAGAAUUGGCUGAAAAGACAACUGAUGCUAUCUUCCUUGGACGUGACCUGUCACCUGACAUGGUACAGUGUGCCAGUACACAUUAGCAUUUUCCACUGCUGUUAUUCACAAUGAGGGGAAAUGCCUUUGCUUUACAAUCAGCUGCAAUGCAAUAUUGUGAUCAAAUUCUCACCGUGCGGUGUUCGCCAGGAUGGCAACACAUAAUAGCACUGUA